AUGGACGACAUUUCAUCUUUUGAGCGGCUACGUGUUGCGGUGCGUGAGCGGCCCAUUAUGGAAGCCGAUGCUGCAAACGUGCGGCUGCACCUUCGGAUGAAUGAGAGCAACCUCAUUGCCUAUGCGCCAGGCCACACUGAGGGUCUAAUGUACAAUUGUGACUACUACUUCUCUGGGGCUGCGAGCGAGGAGGACAUUCAUUGCACCAUCGGGUCACAGAUGGUUGAUCUUGCAAUUCAGGGCUUAAGCUGCAAUGCUGUGUUCUUUGGCUCUACAGAUACAGGCAAGACCUACACGCUCUACGGUAAUAGGGACGGUGAAGGGUUUCUUCUUCGCACAGUAAAGGAUCUUUACCACCGCCUGGAGGCCCGGUCGAAUGAGUUCGAGACGAAUAUUCUGCUGCGGUACUGGGAAAUGAACCGCGAUUCAGUGGAAGACAACCUCCGAGGGGAAGAUGAGGGGGAAAAAGCCAUUCAGUAUGCGGUGUCGCGCGACGAUUUGGAUCGUCUCAAUAUAUUAAACUUGACAACGUUGAAGGUGCCGACAGUGGAAGAAUUUUUGACGCAGCUAAACCGUGGAAACCAAAUCAUGUUGGGCCGUUUGGCCCAACGGAUGUUUCGCUGGCAUUGUUUUCUGCAACUUAUCAUUGUGACUACCGACAAGGCAGAAGGGUCGAAAAACGUUAUUCGAAGCAUGACUUUUGUGCAUAUGAAAGGGACAGACCGAGUGGGAGCGAAGGGCAUGCGUGGUGAGCCCCUUAGGGAGGGUAGCUGCAUUAAUGUCGGUGUCACACUUCUUUGUGCGGCAGUGAUUCACUCGCUUGAGUACCGUAGGAAACGCUGGGCUUUGUCUACCACGCCAGAAAAGCAUCGUGAACUUAUUCGUCGUAGCCAGUCCUUCUUUAUGGAGUGCAAAUUUUCCCGUAUUAUGUCUCAGUUUAUCACUGGAUUUGAAGCCUCCUUUGUGAUUGGUUUUACAAGUCCCUUGCAGUACCACGAGUCUAUUGAAACCCUUGAAAGUUUGCAACUCUUUCGCCAGUUGAUAUGUGUUUUGCGACCCAUCGUUGUAAUCUCUGAGAGAGGGGUGUUGCUUCGGCAGCUGCUUCGGCAGGAGGCUCUCCUUGGGGAGGAUGUUGUAUUGGAGAUUUAUAACUCGGACGGUGCUGGACGACCCUUGACAGAAGAGGAGGAGAAGUUGCUGCACAUUCACCAAAAAUUGUAUGGUACAAGCUCUAGAAGAGGUGGAAGGACAAUGUUUGAACAGCAUCAAGAGGAGGAAGUGAUUAAACGCUGCAAGUUUCGGGCUGUGCCGGUGGCUGGCAAGGUGGAAACGCAUGGCCACCGUCCUUGCAUUUUCCUCAAUCCUGGAAAGACUGCGUCCUACGAGGGACAAUGGGAGGAUGGCAAGUUUGGUGGAUUCGGGGAAUUGAUACAGAAACACAGUAAAUAUCGUGGGGAGUUUCGGAAUGGGCUGCGUGAGGGUGUAGGGACAUUGUGGAUUCGUGCAGACGUAAAAUCUCCGUGGGUACGUGUAUAUAAGGGUGAAUGGCUAGGUGGAAAGCGCGACGGUUUUGGUACCUCAUGGGAAGAGAACGGUGAUAUCUACGAGGGUGAGUGGUCUGAUGAUAAACGCAACGGUUUUGGCCGACUCUUUAUGGCUAAUGGAGACCUCCUAAAGGGGGAGUUCCAAAACAGUCUUUGUGAUGGACGUGCACUCCUGCUUUUGACAAAUGGCGACUGGUACGAUGGCUACUGGGCCCUAGGGCUGCGUGAGGGCCCUGGGCUUUGGUGUUAUGUACAGCGGCAACAGUGCCUCCGUGGUGAUUGGUCCAAAGGAAUAUGUAAGUGUGGCACGAUGUUCGAUCUGUCUGAGAAGACAACUAUUGCGCAUAGUCGUUUUAUCCCACGGCUAGGACUCCUACGUGAUGAUGAGGUGCUGGAACUGCAGAGACAAAAGUUGUAUGAUAAUCGUCUACGGGAGUUUGCCACCUUGGGUCGCAAGUGGACGGAGCCUGUUAUUGUCCCACCACUUGGUGCCGCCGUUUCCUUUGACGACGAUGGUGAAAAAUUUUGCGUGGAAGCAACCGAUGCCGAGGCGGCGGAGAGGGGGUGGGGCUUGAAUGUUGAAUAG